GCUGCCGCUGACGACGCCGAGACAGCCUUUGCCGUUGUUUCAGUCACCGCCGCACGCCUUCGCAGGGGAGGAAUAGGGCGUCCGCUUAUCGGCCCGACACCGCUUCAGCAUGUAUGGAUUCGUUCACUGUGCCCUGGAAGACAUGGUACGCACGAAGCAUGGAAUAGACGCCUGGGAAAAGAUAUUGCGCAAAAGCAAGAUCCGUAUGCAUGGCGGUUCCUUCCUCAUGCAUCGUGUGUACGCAGACGACGUCACUUUCAAGCUGGUGCAGUCGGCGUCCGAAGUGCUGGAGAUGAGCCCAGACGCCUGCCUCGAAGCCCUGGGCUGCCACUUCCUGUACUUUUGCCAGCAGCACGGAUACGACCACAUCCUGCGCGUGCUGGGCUCCAACCUGACUGACUUCCUCACGAACCUCGACAACCUACACGACCACCUGGCGUCCACUUAUCCGGGGAUGAGUGCGCCUUCUUUCAGGGUUUCACCGGGACCAAUGGGUAGCCUACAUCUUCACUACUGCAGCGAACGCAAAGGCCUGCACCCGAUUGUCAAGGGUCUGGUGAAGGCCGUGGCACGAGAGUUCUUCGACACGGAGGUCAACGUGAACACGUGUAAGGUCACGGACCGAGGGGACCGCGUCACCGUCAUCAUGGAGGUGUCCGAGUGCAUGCUCAAGCUCGCCCCCAUCGAAAUUCCGGGUCUGAUGCAAAAGAGAUCAUCCUUUACAUCGGCCCACAUCACCGACCAUCUGAGCCAGAGUCCGCAAGACCUGCCCGUGGACACCAAGACCUUCUGCUCGGCCUUUCCUUUCCACGUCAUCUUCGACCGAGACUUUGUCAUUCACCAGGCGGGAAAGGGCCUCGUGCGGCUGACGCGAUCCAUGUGGCAGCGCGGUAAGCCCGUCCGCUUCACCGACAUGUUCAGCAUCUGCCGGCCCGUCAUCGAGUGCAGCUUCGAGAGCAUCCUGGGAUUCCUCAACCAGGUCUACGUGGUCACAGCCAAGGAUGGCGUGCUCGAGAAGGACCGCAAGUUCCCGCAAGCCAAGCCGGCUGCCUCGCCCGCAGGCAGUCGGCGCAAGCUUCUUCGACGACUCAACAGCACCGUGGAGCCGCCUCCGGACGGCGUGCUGAGACUCAAGGGCCAGAUGGUCUCGCUACCGGAGGCCGACUGCCUGCUCUUUCUGUGCUCGCCGCGAGUGAAGAGCCUGGAAGAUAUGCAUCGCGUCGGAUUGUUUUUCAGCGACCUGGCCCUCCACGAUCCCGUCCGCGACCUCAUACUCAUCUCUCACCAACGCCGCAGGGAACGCGAGCUCGUCGAGAAGCUAGACGAGGCCUCCAACCACCUCAAGAUCCUGGACUCGAAACUGCGUGAGGACAAGCGGCGCACGGAGGACCUUCUGUGCUCCAUCUUCCCGGCGCGCGUGGCUCGCAACCUGUGCUUGGACCUCCCCGUCGAGGCGGAGAAGUUCGAGAUGGUCUCGUGCCUCUUCUCAGACAUCGUCGGAUUCACGGCGCUCUGCGGCAGCGAGAACGUCCAGCCCAUGGACAUCGUGCGCCUCCUCAACCGCCUCUACGUCCAGUUCGACUCCCUCACCAACCUGCACGGUGUGUACAAGGUGGAGACCAUCGGCGAUGCAUACCUCGUCGUAUCUGGGAUCCCCGAGUUCACAGAAGACCACGCUGAUCGAGUAGUUGUCAUGGGGCUAGCCAUGCAGGCAGUCACACGCACCGUCCAAUCACCUGUCGAAGGGCACGCCAUAGAGAUACGGAUUGGCAUUCAUUCGGGCCCUGCAAUGGCCGGCGUCGUUGGUACUCAAAUGCCUCGCUACUGCCUCUUCGGGCACACGGUCACUCUAGCGAAUAAGGUGGAGAGUCACGGACUGCCCAAGCAGGUCACCAUCACUGAGGAGACGAAAAGGCACCUUAAAAAGGACGGCUAUCUGUUCCUGGCCACGAAGCCUUGCCCCGAGCUUCCCGUGCGCUGCUACAGCGUGUCCCGGCCAGGAGACAAUGUGGCGCCGGAUCCUGCCACGCUGGGACCGGCCCUGUACGGAGGCGGCGGUCACUUCCGGUCGCCCACCGGGUCGCCGGUACACUCGGAUAGAAACACGGGUUCUCGUAGCUCAUCCACGCCAUCUCCCAGCGGAUCUCCACUCGUCACUGGCGGAGACGCCGUUAAGAACGUGGAGUGCCCGGGGCAGUUCACGCCACCCAUAAAGCGCAAGCACCGAGGUCGUGUGUUCGAGUUCCCCGCGGUAUCCACGACCAGGCAGAACUCAACGCCGGACAGCGGCUCCGAGUGCAAGUUCCUACAGAGUUUCGACGAUGCCGAACAAGCUCGCGAAAACACCGGCCACGUCAGCGACGACGACGACCCUUUCGACGAACCGAUGUGCGUCAUCAACGUAGAGUCGGCGAGCAGCCAAGAACUGUCACUCAGUAGCGACACUCUUUCGUCCCAAGGAGCGUCGCCGUGCGCCGAGCGCAAGACCAAGAACAUCGCCGGCUGCCAUGCACCAGCCGUUCCCGAAACGGACUCUCCGCCGGAAGAAAUCCAAACCGACCAGAAAGAUUUCCCAAGCGGUCUUCCAGCGACGGAAGAGCGAUCCCAGACAAGUAGCCAACUCAACGCCGCCUCGAAGAUACCGCGCUCCGAACCUAACGACACGCUACCUCCUUCGAAGGAAGUGAAGGCUCCAGCGUCGAAGCGAGUGACGACGCUCAAGUGCUGCCCGUUCGGGUCGCGAAACCAGGACCUGAACGAGAACCUCGAAGACGACGAACCUAGGAGCGCCGCCAAGUUCAAGCCCAGGUGUCCGUUCCGCCUGGGCGGAGACGAGGACGACGUCGACCGGCUCCGAAGCCCGCUCGUCCAAAAAGGCAGCAAGGGCGCUCGCAGCGGCCUCUCUUCGCUGGCUCGUUUCUCGUUCAGCGAUCUGCGGGACCCCGCCUCCACGUGCGGCGUCCCGACCGUGGUUGUCAAGGCGGCCAAGGAGGCACACGGUUUCUUCCCGGGACUACGCAGCAUGCUUCGCAGAGGAGACAAGAAAGGCCGCCAUUCGUCGACCAGCAGCGCGCCACCGGGUUCGGACUCCCUGUCUCCGGAUUCACUCGUCGACUACGCUACGGACGACUCCGGCAACGCUGGCGCCAAGGGGGCGUGUCCCAUGAGGCGAAUGUUCUCCCAGGUGCUGACGGUGAACUUUAGUGAGGCCGAAGGCUCGGAAGCGCAGCCUCCGGGUAAGAGGACUCAGAGCUGUUACUCCUUCCGACACCUCGAGGAUGCUGAACUUAGUGCCGCCGAAAAGGAGAAGCAGCACGCCGACUCCGGCCGCUUCAACCUGCCCCAGCUGAACUGGCACUUUCCCAGACUGAAACAACGAAUCACGAAAGGGAGCCUCUUUAGCGGAGCCAUUUUCCCGUCGUCGAGGUAGUAGGGUUCACCAAGAGUUCCGCUAUUCCGAGUGCCUGUGCGUGUGUUCGUAUGCGUGUACAAAGCUGAGCGGAACGAACGUGAUGUGAAAGUGCUUGCUUGGACUCUUAAUCUCCCUCGUUGUCAAUACGUCACCUGUCCUUUUUCCUUUUGUACCGAUAUAGGUUAGUUGAGAGACGGCUGGAGUUGGUCACGGACGCGCUCCCGCGUUGCUGACAACGGCUCUUAGGAGGUUUUCGUCGUUAGCCCAGUAGCAUUCGCGCUUCCUAUGUACGGCAGCGAUGAUGCAUUGCUUCUCCUCAGUUGUGUCGGCGAAACGCGGGGUGAAAGUUCUUUGAUUGAAUGGGUGUGCUGGAAUUGCUAUACUGUAUAUAAGCUAAGCGACUACUUAAUGAAAGCACGCAAUAUGAAACUUGAAAUUUCGGAGAUAUAUAUUUUUAAUCUUUAAAAUGGAUCGCACCAACAACGUGUUCGGGCAUUCCAUUGAUGAGAUCCUAAGCUCUUUCUUGGAUGGCUUUCUUAACUAUAUUAUACAACAGAACGCCUUCUUCUGAGAAGCAGAACGUAUGCUGCCACUGUGAAUGGAAAUGACUAACUGCUCUAUCUGAAGGAUUUUGGGUAACCAUGAAUGCGCAAAUAACGCCUCCUCAUCGAGGUGAAUGGACCUUUUGUUAAAAAGCUUUACCGCUGAGUGUAUAAACAGCAAGACGCUCUGUUUGCUUAACGAACUCCAUAAGAUGUGCCGAUACGCAAGGCGUCUUCGUAUCAUUAAAACUGGCACAGAUGACAUGCCUUGCCUAAUUAAAGGUCACGAAAAGGCAGACAAUAGGAACGUGAAGGUUAAUUAUCAGCUAACUAAACUUUCACAACCGCGUAUAUUACGUUUAUAUUCCGCUAACGUGCUGUGUGUGUGCAUUCUCAUAAUGGAGCUGAACGUGUUUUCAAUGUAUUGUAGAAAAUAACGGUUCUGAUUGGCAUACAUGGCAAAGGUUUGACGAACAUGAACGACGAGUGAAGGGAAUAACGUGUACACCACAUGGCACCUCUCUUGGGUAGUUAGACUUACACUUAAACGAAGUCCAUAAAAAUUUAAUGAGGUCACAAGGGAACGCCAUCAUGCUGGACAACGUGUGCGAAAUAUUCUUGAAACGGAUGGCCAAGUGUCGUGCUUGAUACGUUUUGAACAACGUUAACACAAAAAUUCUAUCGAACUUGAGAAGUUAUAGCGUGUUCUGUUGCGUACGGUAACGAAGUUUCGCUUGCUUCGGAAAUUCAGACUUGUCACGUACUGAAAAAGAGAAACACUUGUUGUGUAAGUGAACAUAUCAUCGAAAGCGCGGCUUGGCUCUUGAUUAUGGUUUCUGCGUAAGCUCUUGAGCAGGUACGGGGAAAAUAAAAUAACCAAACGUGAACUACAUGCCGAGCGACUCUUGUGAAGAUAUUAAGAGUGCAGAC